UUUGCACAGGUUGUAGGAGUAGUAGUUAGUCUGAUGCUGUGUGCAUGACCUGAGUUCUGCUGUUGGUUUGUACAUCUGAACGGGCACUGAGCAUUAGGGUACCACUGCUUGUUGUGCUGCAGGCAGCCAUCCUUUGGUGAGCUAGGAACCUCUGUUGUGAACACUAGUUUCGGUGCAAAACUCACUAUGGUCGUGCAACUGUACCUGGACUUGCUGUCCCAGCCCUGCCGUUCUGUGUUCAUAUUUGCAAAAAUUAACAGCAUCCCAUUCGAGUUCGAAUCGGUACAGCUCUGCAACGGAGACCACUUCACUGAACAGUACGGGAAGGUGAAUCCUCUUAGAAAAGUUCCAGCUCUGAAAGAUGGAGAUUUUGCCUUAGCUGAAAGUGUUGCAAUCCUCCUGUAUCUAUCUCGAAAGUGCAACACCCCUGAUCAUUGGUAUCCAUCAGACCUUCAGAAAAGGGCACGCGUUGAUGAAUUUCUCUCCUGGCAGCACACGUCUAUUCGCCCUAAUGCAGGCAUCAUGCUUUGGUUGAAGGUUAUGAUUCCUAUGACUUUGGAAAAGACCUGUCCUGCAGAAAAGCUGGCGGCUGCUGUGGAAACCCUUAAUGAAACUCUACAGCAAUUUGAGGAUAAGUUUCUACAGGACAAGGCCUUCAUUGCUGGAGAAGAGAUCUCCAUAGCUGAUAUUGUGGCAUAUUCUGAGCUUAUGCAGGCCUUUUUCGCUGGUCAUGACAUUUUUGAUGGAAGACCAAAGUUGUCUGCCUGGCAAAAGCGUGUGGAGUCCAAGAUCGGUCAGGACAUCUUAGAUGAGGCUCAUAAAAUGAUCCAGAAUCCCAAGCAGAUGACUGUAUCACAAACAGCACUAGAAGCCUACAAAGUCAGAAUCCUGAAGCUUCUUCAGUAAAUGGUCCAUCUGAGAAAUGAGAAGAACAAAGCCGACCAACUUACCGUGUAACCUACUGCCUACACAACUGUGCCACUUCAAUGGCUGGGGUCUCCCCUUUUGUAAUAUAAGUCAGUGUUGCACUUGCUUCUUUUCUGUCCUGUAUCAAGGAAGGUACUGGUGCUGUCCAAACUGCUUAGCUGACUCACUGGAGGGAACACUGUGGAGUUGUGUUCAGUAUGUAAGAUCUGUGUUUUUUCCUCAAGUUGGACCCACCACAUACAAACACUCCUGCUUACCCCCCACACAAAAGCACACAUGCACAUGCACGUGCAUGCACACACACACACACACACACACACACACACACACACACACACACACACACACACACACACACACACACACACACACACGCACACACACACACACACGCACACUCACAUGAGCACAGAAGAAACAUUCUAUAAAAAUUUACAUAUCUGGGCUUGAGAAUCCAUAAAGACAAAGAUAUUUUGAGGAAAAAAAACAACUUACACUGAUUUACUUCCCUCAUAGAAUAAACAAAUAGAACUUUUGUAUUUUGUGAAACGACUAUGAAAAAAAAAUUUUUUUGAAAAUGUUGGUGCUGAUAGUGUAAUUUCAUGGUAACACAAAUGCCUGUGUUACAGUGUAAAACCUCUGAAAUGCAUUGUAAGCCAUGCACAUAAGCAAGUAAUUUAUGAAACUUGCUUGUUUUCUGUAGAAAAAUAAAAGGAUUUGUUGGCAAGAAAACACAA